CUUAUUCCUGAACCGCAACAUCACAUCUCUAACCACGUUCAAGCUCCCGGCCGCGACUGGCCGCAUAACCACCCAGCAUUCGAGACGUGCGCCAUUCGGAUGCGCAAGAGCAGCAGCUUCAUCAACCACCCCGAAACAUACGAACCGAGCAACCAGGGCCAGGCCAGCCCCUCGGACAUGUCUUGUGACUGCCUCCGCCAGCCAGACAUGUUGGAAGCCCCUAGACACCGACUUUGAGGAUGAGCUUGGACCCUCUGUUGCCUGUCGCCCCGGCGCGGGUGAAGGCGCUCCUUCUGCCUCUCGGCAAGAUUAGGGCAGAGCGUUUCGCAUCCUUCGUCGAGAGGUUGCGCGCCGAGCGUGUCGUCCACCUUCGCGACAUCACCCCCGAUGGCCGUCCCAAUCGAAACAUGUUCUCGCCGCUGGCGUUCCCGGAUGGCGCCAUGCUAUACGAUCUUAUAACGCACCAGCCGCCCCCGUCGCAUCUGGCCCUAGCACCCUUCGACCUGUAUCGCGAACCCCUCGCCGUCAUAGCCGUUGCCGACGGCGCAGAGAUGCAGGAUGCCAGCUUCUGCAAACGGCUUUCCGCAGGCGGCGCUGCGGCCGCCACUGUGGUCGAGAAGAAUGUGCGGGCGCUGCACCAGGAACUCGAAGAUCUGCGCGACAUUUAUCCCAAAGCCUUUGUACACCAAGUCAUCAUCUUCGAUUACUCCGCGCCGAAUGGCACCAAGAUUCCAAUACCAGAGGGCCUUGUGACGGUACCGCCGCCGGAAGGUUGCAAGCGAACGACAAUGAAGACCGUCAUGUGUGACAUCUCGUCGCUGUUGCUCGCAGAGAUGACGACGCUGGCAAAGUCGUUCGAGGCCAUGACGUCCAUCGAGUCCCCAGGCCGUUAUUCGGUGACAAGACAUAUAAAUGGUGUCGCUGAAACAGGCCCUAACGGCGCGAGCAGACGGAAUUCGCAGUUUCCGUUCCCGCAACACCUCUCACGAUCCAGCUCGGCAACAGGGGUCGACAAGACCCACGCGCGAAUGUCGAUGCCUCCGAUGGCGACGCGACCAGGCACUGGCUCCAGCAGCUCGACCCCUGGCCGGCCGUCGACUCCCGUCAGAGGCGGGCUGGCAAGCAUCCCCAUGAGCCCCGAGGAGGGUCAGAGCGCCCCUGGCAGCGGUCCGUCGAGCCCGGAGCAAAAAAUGACAAGAUCUGACAGUGAGAGGUCGCGCGACAUCAGCCGCGAUCGUGUGUCUGUGCAAGGAUUCGGACCUGGAGGCGCCAAUGACCGCUGGCGGCAAAAGGGCAAGGGUCGGACGUCGGUUGUCAUCGGAUCCAUGUACCUCCAAGCCGGACGAUGGAGCGAUUCGUUGAGAGAGCUCUCCGAAGGUGCAGCAGCGGCGCGGUCUCUCAACGACCACAUUUGGCAUGGGAAAGCCUUGGAGCUGAUUUUCAUAAACCUCCUGCUCCUUGGCUGGUCUAACCUGGAAUUUCAGAUACCGACUGUCUGCUUUGCUGUGCAAGAGAGGCCAAACAGCAGCUCGUCAGUGCUCAAGUCGGAGCCCGAUGUUGGGGAUACGACUAUCCCGAAGCAUUUGCGAAACCUCCAGACCCUUCUUCCAGAGCUACUGGAAAGGAUCAUCGGACUAUACUCGAGGAUUUCCAGCGAGAACCUGCCGCCGCUACCCUUGUCCGAGACUACCGUCCGCUUUUCCAAAAUCCUUUCCGCCGUCCACCUCUGCGGUGGCAAACUCAACCAACAAGCGCUCGAGAUCAUUGUGUGCGGCAAGUUACCCGAAAAGGGCCUUACCACGUCGCCUCGCCUGACGAUCGUGCCGACGAGACAGCAAAUCGUCAACCUGGUGUUCAAGGCUUUCCCUUCGACGACCACGGAACUGCUUACAACGGCUGACCGUGUGUCCAUCUUGAGUGGAAUUGCAUCGGUUCUUGGCCCCUUGGGGUUUUCAAGAAAGAAGGCCAUGGUGAUUCGAGAACUGGUAUCUGUCCUCAUUGGUGGCCUCGUCGAGGCGCGCACACGUGGUGCGGCGGAGGCGGGUGUUCACCCUGCUGCUGGACUGGUGUCACUGGCUCCAGGACGGGAUCGAAACUCGGCCGCCGUUGCGCUUGAUCUCGGCGAAGGCGACAUCGAACAGGGACUAGAGGCUUUUUUGGAUCUGCUAUGCAGGUCGUACGGCGUCGUCGGAUUUGAGUCGCAGGCCGACAAUGCGAUGACGACCUCUGGCAGACCUGAAGAGUCUGACGAUGCUAUUGUGGCCAGAAUCCUGGAUCAAUCAUCGACAAGAUUCUUUGGAUUCAACAGCAUCAAACUCAACAUCUUACGGGCAUGCAUCAACUUCGCGGAGGCACUGCCUGACUUCAAUGGUGUGCUCAAAUACUCGAGCGACCUGAUGCGCACGGCUGGAUCUGGAGUUGCACCCGGCCCCCAGCGCGAAGAUGCCACCGCUCUGAUUCAUAGGGACGAGCAAAUCCGCCUGGCGACCAACAUAUCACGGACCGCAGCCCUUGUACAAAGAAUUGGCAUUGACCACCUGGAGGCCGAAUAUUGGGAUGAGUUUCUUAUCCGGAGUAUUGUUCUGGAAUCCCUCCCGAAUACACGGACACCGAUACCACAUGCUCGUAGCGUUCUCCCUGGUGCCACAGCUAGCCGAGCUUCUCAAGAUGUCAACCCGUUCAUUUACAACCCGUUCUUGAAGGAGCCAGAUGAGGUUGCGGCGCAGAAUCUUGUGGCUGGUGAGCUGGCAAGCUUCAGGGUCACGCUGCAGAAUACGUACGACGUCGAGGUCGACAUGGAGAGCAUCCGCCUAUGUGCCGACGGCGUUGAAUUUGAGUCCCUGCCUGAAAGUGUGGUUCUCGGACCGUACAGAACGCAACUGCUCAGGCUCAAAGGGCGACCCAAAGCAGCGGGCUCCAUCACCAUAACCGGGGCCAUUGUCAAGAUUCGUGGUUGUCGGGAGAGGCGGUUCCCGAUUUUCACAAAACCAUGGAACCCUUUACGACCCGAGAAAAUCAAGGUCAAGGGGCUCGCCGCCCUGGGAAGUUCCGACAGCCUGAUCAAACCCGGCGAGGGGGCCUUGGAACCCCGCCACUUGAGUCUGAACGUGAUACAAGAGCAACCCCUGUUAGUAGUGAAGUCGACGACGCUCCCUCAAUCCUCUGUUAUGAUCCUGGAAGGGGAGCGACAGGUCUUUUCAAUCACCCUGCAGAACACAUCGUCGACGCCGGUCGACUUCAUGCUAUUCUCUUCCAAGGACUCCACACAGGCGCCAUUGCAGGAAGCACUCAACAAACGGGACGCGACACCCGCAGAGUUGUACGAAUACGAGCUGAUUCUGAUGAAGAGACAAGCCCUUCGACUUCCCCGAAGCGACCAGGGCCGAAACAUUGCCCCCGGAGCGGAGGCCGCGUUUGAGUUUGAGAUCCUCGGUAAGCCCGGCCUCACGCAUGCGACUAUUCAGGUCGACUACACGUAUCUAGGCGUCCCGAGAGACGAGGUCACGGAGCAAUUCUACACCAGACAGGUGUCAGUGGAUAUCACCGUCACGGUCAAUGCCAGCGUGGAGCUGACGAGGGUUGAUGCAAUGCCGCUGUUCGGCCACAUUCCGGAGUCGUUUUGGCAGAGGAUGGGCGGUGCAGCGCCCAAAGACGCCGAAGACUACUGCUUGCUGUCUCUGGAUUUGCGCAAUGCAUGGCCCAGCCACAUGGCCGUCCAUCUCGAGGGCGAGGAGGGGCUCGCAGUCGAUGAGAGUAUUCUUCCGGGCAAGACGAGCCGGGUGGUCAUGCCGGUCAAGCGCAUCUACGUGGAGGACCCGCACGAGGCCAUCCCAAGCCUCAACCCCUCGCGCACAAGACAGUUCGUGGUAAGCACGAGCAAGAUCUCGCCGGACAUGGAGCGCGCGAACCGGGAGGCGUUCUGGUAUCGGGAGAAGAUUCUCGACGUGCUUCGAGCUACAUGGCGCACGACGUCCGUCCCGAAGCGCAGCGGCGCGGUCGAGUUGCGCAACAUCCGCCUCACGUCGCGCAUGAUCGAGGCCGUCAAGGUCGACGAAGUGGGCAUCGAUAUCUCCACGGACGUCGCCCACGCCGAGCCGACCAGCAGCAGCAGCCCACCCAGCCCCGCGUACGUGGACGAGUUCAUGCAGGUCAAGGUGCACGUCACGAACCGGACGGCGAAGCCAAUCUUCCCCCUCGUCCGGCUGAUGCCCGCGCUCUGCCACCGGCCCGUCAACGUCGCGCUGGACCACACGCGCAAGUUUGCCUGGAACGGCACCCUGCAGCAGCAGCUCCCCCUCCUGCGCGGCAACUCGAGCGUCGACUUUACCAUUGGUGUCACGCCCCUCUGCAGGGGCGAGUUCGAGCUCGCCGCGUCCGUCGAGGAGAUGCGCGUGUGGGAAGACGACGACGGCGCGGGCGGCGGCGGCGGCGGCGGCGGCGGCACUGGCAGUGGCGGUCGCCGCCCGCGCUCGGAUACCCAGCGGAUGAUGGACGCGGCGCUGGGCGGCAAGCAGCGGCGCAUGUGGCACUCGCGAAGGCCGUGCGUGCUCAUGGUGCGGGACCGGGAAGACAUAGAAGAGGGAGCAAGGGAAGCGUAGUAGAUGGGUUGACUGGCUGGGUGGCUGGGUGGCUGUCUGGGCUGUUGGUCUGUCCGUGGCGGGUGGCGGGGCGGCCGUCGUCUGGAUGUUCUUGUAUAUACGAGGCAGGCGCAUGGUUUACGGCGGCGGAUUUGACGUGAGCGCGCAUACAUGCAUGUACAAGGAGUUGGCUGCAUGGGGGGAAGCAUGAGCAGCGCACUGACUGACUGACGGACUAGCUAGCUAUGCAAUGUUGAUGACGGACGG